AUGAUAUUAAUAAAGAUAAUACCAGGAGAAAGUAAAACAUAUAAAUCAAUCGAUACCGUAUGCAAUCCCGAAGAUUCAAUACACUAUCCAAUGGAGUUUUUAAAUUCUUUGACAAUACCAGGUUUACCUCCUCAUAUAUCAACUUUAAAAAUUGGAGCACCUAUCAUGAUUUUAAGAAAUAUUAAUCCACCUAAAUUAUGUAAUGUAACCCGUUUAAGUGUAAAAUCUUUGAAAAAUAAUGUAAUAGAAGCUACAAUAUUAACCGGAUGUGGAAAAGUUGAAGUCGUAUAUAUACCAAGAAUACCUAUUAAACCCAAUGAUGUGCCGUUUGGAUUUGAGCGAUUACAGUUCCCGGUAAAACUUGCAUUCACAUUCACUAUAAAUAAAACUCAAGGUCAAUCAUUGAAAUGUACAGGACUUAUACUUGAUCCUAUGUGCUUCUCUCAUGGUCAAUUAUAUGUAGCAUGUUCAAGAGGUGGUGACCCGAAAAAUCUCUACAUUUAUUGUCCGAAUAGAAAAACAAAGAACAUCGUAUAUCCUCAAGCAUUAAAAUGA